AUGCAGUCCUUCCGUGAGCGAAGUGGUGGUUACCACAGCAACCAUCCCUGCUACCAGCAGGAACCCCAUGAAUUAUCCCGCCUGGAGACCUACCGGCAACACCCGCAUCAUCCCCAUCCCCAGCACCCACACCCAGGCCCCGGUCCACAUCCAGGUCCAGGCCCAGGGCACACAAGGUCAGGCUAUGAGGCUCAUUCACUGGCAAACCCCACAGGUAUGCCUCCAGCUGGAGGACCAGGAACUGGAGGAGGACCCAAGGACUGUUACAGCCAGCAAGCUUAUGCUGGUUAUCCAGGCAAUGGUGGAGGGAACGGGAGUGGAAAUGGGGGCUCAGCGUCCUCGCAGGUAAAGAAAUCCUACAGAGGAAGCAAAGCGCCCCCACCAAACCCCAAUCAGCACCUGCAGGGCCCAGGGGGCUAUGGUAACCAUAUGGGCCCUGGGAAUUAUUCAGCCCAGUAUAUGAGCGAAGGCCACCUCCAGCAGAAGUGGGAGGACCCAGCUCAAUUAGCACAGUAUGACCAAGAGAUGGUCGGGCGUAUGGAGGCUGGUGGGACCCCUGCCCCUGGCUCCUCCCAGUAUAUGGACCAGAACAUGUUGGGCCACUCCCAGACCCAGUGCCAUCAGCCCUCUACCCCUGCUUAUACCAGCCCCCACCACCAGUCCCACCCUCCUAACCCUGCCCCCUCCUCUCUCAUGUACCCCCAGAGUCACCUGCACUACCCCCAGCACUCACCUUCUCCUUCACCAUACAUGGAAAAGUGCAGCCCAAUGCCCCACUGUUAUAAAGGUUAUAACAUGACUCCAAACUCCCAGUAUGGCAGACAAAUGAGCAGCCACAGCAAUCUGAAGCAGGGGGGUUACAGGUCGACCCAGAACAGUUAUGGCUACCAGCAGCCCCCCUCCAGAGGUUAUGAGCAGCAGGCUCCUUUACAGGCAAUGGCCAACCCCCAGGAGCCCCACCCUAAAUACCAACACUACAGUCAACCCCAACAAAACUACUGUCUCUCAGAGCUGUCUGUCAGAUCACCAGAACAGUAUUAUCAGACUUGUAGCCCCUCCUCAAGCCACUCUCCUGCACGUUCUGUUGGGCGUUCCCCCUCGUACAGUUCCACCCCUUCACCACUAAUGACCAAUCCAGAGUCGUUCCAGUAUGGCCAGCCUCCCAUGACCCCUGGGGCAGCCUCCUCCUCUUCAUCCUCAUCAGCUGGUAUGCAGGAGCAAGCCAGUACCAACACUAUGUUGAUGCCCCCACGCUCACACCCCUCACCCAACGUGCCCCAUGCAGCCCCGCACAGCUACACUUCCACACAGCAGGUCCCCACCAUGAAAGAGCGCUUCUCAGAGAAACUGCUGUCAAACCCCAGCUUGUGGAGCCUGAACGCCCUCACCUCUCAGGUAGAAAACAUCUCUAAUAAUGUGCAGCAGCUGCUUCUUUCAGAGGCCCUGGUGGCCAACAAGAAAGGCAGUAAGCGCAGCAGUGGAGGGAGCAACAGCAGUGCUGGAAGUGGAGCAUCCUCGAAAAAGGGUGAGGAGUACAAAACUCCUCCAUAUCCAGAUGGUGGUGGUGGUGUUGGUGGAGGCCCAAUGCAAGACUCUUACACUACCCCGCAGCAUCAGCCAAUGCCCAUGGAACUCCAUGAGGGAGGCUACUCUAGCAGUAGCGAUGAACAACUGGAGAGGAGCUACUACUACUGUGGCCAGGGUCGAAGUCCAGCACAGGCCCCUAACAACACACAGCUCAGCCUGGACACAGCCUCGUCAUGCUCCAUGACAUCUCCAGAUGAUAUGUCCACCAGGUCCGGGGACUCAGGUCUGCACAACCUUACCCCUGACCAUACCAGAUGUCAGUCAGGGCAGGGAGGAGAUGGCAUGAGUACUCCAGUGAAGAGCACUGGUGAUGAGAGGUCUCCUACAAGCAUUACAAUUCCUAGUCCAAUGAAACAAGAAACAGACUCCCCUUCAGAUAUACAGCAUUUCAAUGAGACUGUAAAAGAGAACUUUGAAGAAUCAGCCUGGACAGAGAAAGCAACUGAAAAAGAGGACGUGACAACAGAAAAAACUCCUGACCAUGACAGAGAUUCAGACACUAAAUCUAAAGAGAAACUGGAGAAAUGGACAGAUAAAGAGAAAUGUCCAACCCUCUACACCAAAGUAAACAAAGAGGUGACAGAGAAAAGCUAUUGUUAUGAGGAGACAUUGUACCAAGGGGUCCAGAGCAAAUAUGACCCCAUUGCAAGAGACUCAGUUGAGCAGUCCCCGGCAGCUCUCUCUGACUCCAGCCACAAGGAACACGUUGGCCAAGAGAUGAAAUCAGAGGUAUUCAAAUCUGAGUCUCCAACUGCUUCUGAGAGCUCAGUGAAAACAUUGCCUUUCAUUUCUAGGAGUGACCUUGAACAGGAUCAAUAUUCCACAGAGAAAGAGGACAGCUCGGAGAACACGUCUCCAACUCCUCAGGUUGAGGCCUUGGAUGAGAGCAAUUCAGACAAGAGAGAGAGCAGAGAUGAGGAGAAUGAAGAGGAAGGGGAGGAGGAGGGGGACGUAGAUGAAGAAGAAGAAGAAGAAAUACAGAAACAACAGCAACAUUCUCUUUCCCCUCCUCUGUCUGCAGAGGUUAGGGAGGAACUGGGGGAGGGGGAGAAAGUGAGCCAGUCGACUGAGGAGCGCAUGAAUAAUAGAGAAGCGCCAGAGAAGCCUCCUGGAGAUCUCUGCAUGAGGACAGAGAGUCAGAGUACGGAGCACCACAAUGACAAUGAGUUUGCAGGGGCACCUGCCCAUCCAAAUGCAGCAGCAGCAACAGCAGCAGCAGAUGCUUCUGCAAGGGAGUCAGCCAUUGGUGACACUGCUCCUCAGCCCCAGUCUGCUAUGCCAGUCUUCUCAGCUCUCAAUGACAAGGCGACACCUCCAGCUCAGGCCAGAGAUCAUAUUGAUCGCAGUGAUGCUAAAGUGCUGGAGCCAGACUCUCCUCAGCUGCCAGGGAAGUCAAUACUUCCCUCAGCCCCCUCCUGGGCAGACACUCCACCCUCCCCAAAAAAAGGUGAUGAGGACAUGGAGCCAGGCAUCAGCUGCGCCAGUGCUGUGACGCCCUUGGCAAAGCCAGAGCCUGUGGCCCCAUCUGCUCAGCCGAGGGCAUUCGGACGUAAGCAUGCAAGGGGCAGAAGGAGAAUCAUGCAUUCAGGUGUAGGAAUCAGGCGACAGUUAAGAUUGGAGAGGGAGGGGGGAAAGGAAGAGGAAGGAGCCCCCUUGCCUACACAGAAACCCUGCAUGCCUCCGAGCAAAACUGUGCUAUUCUCAGAUCAAAUGGACCUAGCUCAUCAGGAAUCUAUUGUGAGCCAGACUCCUAAAAUGGUAACUGAUGGUUUUCGUUCAAGAAUGUGCACUCGCUCAUUCAAUGCACCAGGCUUACCCCUCAAAGUUGAGCCUCAUGUAAAGAGAAAACCAGGCCCAAAGCCAGGUUCAAAGCCUGGGCCCAAACCAGGGCCAAAACCUGGACCAAAACCAGGGCCAAAACCAGGAACAAGGCCAGGACCAAAACCAGGGCCUAAACUUGGGCUAAAGCCUGGACCAAAGCCCGGGCCAAAACCUGGACUUAAACCAGGUCCUAAACCAGGACCAAAACUUGUGCCAAAUGAACCAGAGCUGUCACCGAAAAUUGAGACUCCUGUGAAACGAAAACCAGGACCCAAACCAGGUUCAAAACCUGGUCCAAAACCUGGAUCAAAACUUGGACCAAAACCAGCUCUAAAGCCGGGUCCAAAACCAGGACAUAAGCCUGGAUCCAAGUCUGCAGAUGUUUUGCCCCCCACCGAUGCUGCACUCAUCAGGGCCCCAGUGGGUCGUCCCAAAGGCUCAGUUUCUAAAGCAAAGCUGGUACAACAAGAGGAAACCAUUCAACCUUUGACAGGACUGCAAGGCAAGGGCAGGAAGAGCCUAAGAGCUACAAUAUCACAAGUAAACCAGGAUGUAGAACCAUUAAACCAGGAGGAGAAACAAGCAAACUGUGAGGUAAAGGCACCAGAGAAGGAAGGUAAGAACAUGGUUUUGAGAUCCAGAAAACCCUCGCAAGAAAAAUUGUCAAAAGAAAAGGAAAAAAUCACAGGGGAAGAUAUUCUAUCCCAGACGCUAACAGAAAUUAAAACCAGUGAUGUUUCUCCAAAAGUAGAAGUGCCUGUUACUGUUGAACAAACUCGAACUCCCGUUCCUAAUGCAGUAAAAAACACAGAUGUGGCAGCAGACCCACCUGCACCAUUUGCCCCACCAGUCCCAACUGAACAAUCUGAAGAAAAAAUAUCACUUCCACUAAAACGGAAACCUAGCCCAGAAAUUGCUACGCUGCCAGUCAAGAAAAAGAGGGGUCCAAAGCCCAAGCCAAAACCUUUGCCGCCUCAAUCCCCCCUGCUGGAGCAGGUUGUCUCUAAACCUAAAGAGAAGGCUAUCCGGGGACCCAAAAGAAAGCGAGGUCCACCAAAGAAAGCCUCUGUAGUCACUCGCCCGACCAAAGACACUACUCCCAACAUCAGUGAAACUGACAUCACUACUGAUGUGCCUGUGGUGCCACCUCAGUGCCCCACUAAAACAAAAGUUCUCCCACCACGAAAAGGCAGAGGACAGAAAUAUGAGGCCAUGGUGCAGAAAAUUACAUCUCCCGGUUCAAAGAAACAUCUCCCAAUUCCCCAGAUAGACAGCAAUCUAACUGAUGAUGUUAUAGCCAAGUCUCAACAUGUCUUAAAGGAAGGUGAGACAUCUAUGCUUAUAAAUAGCACUGAGAUGAUAGAGGGAGAAGUUAAAAGUAUACAGUCUAGACAUGAAGUAAAACAACAUGAAGGGGCAGUAAGAAAAGAGGAGGUGACACAAGGAAGAGAAAAGCAUGAGGUGAGUCAAGUAGUGUCAGCGCCAGAAGAGGUGAGACGAGUGGUGGAAGAGGUUUUAAACAAGAAGGAGACAAGACAGGGAAACAUUAAACCAGAGAUACAGCAGGAGGCUGGAGCUCACAAGGUUUGGAGCUCAAGGGAAAUCCCAGUAGAAGUCAGGGCUCCAGGAGAGUGGAAACAACAGGAUUCAGAAUGUAUAUCUACCGCUGUCACUAAGUCUUCCAGAACUAAAAGGAAGAGAUGGGCUAUGGUGGAGAGUACAGAUGCCUCUGUAGUAGCCUUGGAAGCAGGGAGCCUAAUAGUUACAACACCAAGGCUGGCCAAGCAGAGGGCCAUUAAAAACAACCAUGAGAUGCACCUAAAACAGAGGAGGAAGAAGAGAAAAGGCCAUGCUCCUCUAGAAGAAACAGAGCCAGUUGAGGAGACAAAUAUUGAAACAGCAGAACAACAGCUGGAAAGGGUAGAAGAGAAGGUGUCCCCUACAGAGUCCACAGUACCGCUGCCAUUCAGCCCAGAUGAGAUCACAGAAGCCCCCCAAGUUACCAGCACAGAACUUAUCCAGAAACCUAGGAGAGGCAGAAAACCAUCAACAAACCCCACCAAGAGGAAACGAGGCAAAUCCUCAUCAGAGCAGAUACCUGGCAUGCCAUUAAAGGUCCACAAAAAGCCUGGGCCAAAACCUGGGAUGAAAGAUGCCAUCGAGGUAAUUGAGGCAGUAGUAAGGGCUGCAGGAUGUGAACAGGCUGAAAAGGAAGAGAGAGAAAAAGAGGAAAGAGAAAGAAGGGAAAUAGAGAAUAAGGAAGAACAGAAGACAUGUACGGUGGGUCCUGUAGUGACAAUAUCAGAAAAACUGAGUGAGACAAUUUCUCUGAAAAGAAUCAGGCGCAGACCAGUACAUCAAAACUCUAAACUGUCUUUCUGUCCUUAUGUACGGAUUAACAACUCCAGAGAUUUUUCCUCUUGGUGUGCCAUUGUCAACAAGCCUGAAGAUGCAGUAAUAUUUCAGAGACGCAGAAAAAAAGGCAUACUCAGAAUGAGGAAUCCUUUCACAGUUGCAAAGGUAGUACCACACACUGCUGCCAUGCUACAGGGACCCUUGGUAAAUAAAAAUCUAAUUGACAGGUGUCUUACAUGCUGCUUGUGUGGAAAGCCAGCAAAUUACAGAGACCUAGGUGAUUUGUGUGGACCCUACUACACGGAGGAUGGCGUUCCACGGAAAAUUUUGACGAUCAGGCAUACAGAAUCACUCAGGGAAGAGUCAGAGAAGAGCAAUGAUAGCACCUGUAGCAGCAGUGAAAAACCAGGCAACUCCUCAAAGAAUGAAGGUGAGGACAGCACAGAAAAGGAGGGCAACACAGAAGCUUCCGCUAAUGAGCAUCCACUCAGUGACGGUGCCUGCAGUAGUAGCAGACACCAUCAUUGGCGCUACCGACGGGCAGAAAGAAUGGAAAGAAUGGGUCGGGAGGGUGGUUCACGAAGAUUAACUCUCCGAGAGAGGUUCAGGAGGAUGAAGCAGCUCCAGGCCAUCAGCACAGUGGCCUCAAGUCUCCAAGGGGGCAGUGACAGCAUGUUCCAAAGGCUACAAGUGGAGGCAGAGGCUAAGGAGCACUGGGCACAUGAAAACUGUGCCAUCUGGACCAAGGGGGUAAUUAUGGUCGCUGGGAGGCUAUACGGACUGAAGGAGGCUGCCAACAACUCAGCCCAAACGAGCUGCUACAAGUGCCAGAUUGUGGGGGCGUCCCUCAGCUGCUGUUGGAGAGGCUGCUCUCAUAAAUACCACUAUGUCUGCGCCAAAGAGAUAGGCUGUAUAUUCCACGAGGAUGACUUCUCCAUCAAAUGUCCUAAACAUGAGGACCUGUAAGAUAUUCCAGUGUACCACUUCCACCACCACCACCACCUCUCAGCCAGGCAAGCACCACCUAUCCAGCAAGGCAAAGGAAAAUGCUGUCCUAACAGCAAGAAACACUCGGUGACGACUGAUGAUGGACAGGCACAUCAGCCAGUGGGCCUGGAGGAGGGCAAAAGGCUGGGCUGAGGUGGAGCUUGGAGCAAUACAACCCCUGGAUAAUGGCUCCACAGAAAAUAGCUUCUCCCUGAACCCGGGCUGGAAACACAUUUUCUCGACUGAGCCCCUUAAUGGAAGGCAGAAGGCGGCGGCACUGUUUAACAGGAGGACAGACUGCGCUUUAGAGAGCGUGUGCCUGUGGGCCCAGUGCACAGGGGGACUGUUUGAAAUGCAGAGUGAGGAAUGCGUGUGUGUUCUGCCUUCGGAUGGGUUGCUAUCAUAUUCAGACACCUGGCAGACACUGAUUGGACAGGAGCAUCCCUCCGGCCACCUUGUCUGUGGGCCAAGAGGCGUGGACGCGCGCGAGCGCGCGCGUGUCUGUGUGUGAGCGUGAUAAUCAUAAAACGGUCAUUCUACAGCCAACUCAUCAGUGUGUUUGUGCAUAUGUGCCUGUGUGAGUGAAGAAGUGCAUCUCCAAUUCAAGAUGUCAUGCAUCAAAAAAAGCAGCAGCAGCCAA